UUAGCUAUAACAGUUUACAUUUGCAGGUUUGAGUGAAAUUUCAGUUACAUUCAGUGUAUGUAUUCCUUUUCAGAGAAGAAACUAUAAGCUAAUGUGCUGUUCUCAGUUGACCCCAUUAGCUUUAAGCCUGUGUGGAAAUUACAACAGAUUCCAUACAAACCAUAAAAAGAACGUUUAACAUAUGUUAGGUCAAUUUCAACAUGAAAGUUGUAGGGGUACGACUGUCCAGGGCAUACAUCAAAUACAUUUCAUCGAAGAAUUUCAGUCACUGGGUAAAAUGAGUGAUUCUGAAAUUAUGCCGUGUGACUUGUUGGUUUAAUGUGUCCAAGAGGCUGGUAGUGUGAGUGUGUGUGCUCCAUUUGCAAAAAUGUGACAGUGGGCCAGUGUGUUUCGUGUCUCCAACAAUGUGAGCAGUGCGAGUUAUGCGUAAGGAAGUGUGUGACCUCUUUAUCUUUUAGUUUUAGAGUCUAUGUGUAGUCAGUUUAUCCCUCGGGGUUAGUGUGUACGCGUACCCAACAUACCGAUUAUCCACACGCGACCAAUGGUGGGCGUAUGAAAAUGAAGAAGGCGUUAAGGUGUUUUACAAAAAAACUUUUAAAAGUAUCCGAUGUUACAUGGUUUAAGGGCAGCAGGUAGUGUAUUUUUCAGUUAUUUCGGUAAAAGAUAAACUUAGCUAUUAAAUAAGCCAACAGCAGGCAACUGGGGAGACCUGGCUGUGAAAAUUCAAGUUGCAAAAGGGUUUUGAGGAACAUACUACUUUCAUAAGAAGCAGAAGACCAUAUUAAUAAUAAGUAUAGUAAAAAUAACAAUAAAACACCAUUGCAAUUGCUGCUUUCUUUUUCUUUCAGGAAUUAUGUGCAAUUUAGCAGAUGAAUUAAUAAUUGCCAUAAAUAACCGCGGCUUUGCCAACUUUCAAGUAGCAAUUAAACAAUCACGUACGCAGCUCAAGUUACAUGAAGGUAUUUACAUUAAAAUUUAAAUAGUUCAUGUUUAAACGGUUCUUUUCAAGCAGUUUAAAUGAAUCACUGUAAUCACAUGUUGAUCAUGAGAGCAGCGCGGCCGAGCUAGUAGUAGCUCCACUGGACGGAAGGACGGACAGACGGACGGACGCCCACCUCACCUGUGACACUUGGCCACCACUCUGUCUGUCUGUGCCUUGCUUGCGUGGUCCAGUGGUUGGGUCCGAAAAUGUACACUCACUUGUUGUUGGUCAAACCGCUCUUGUCUUGACUUGUGAUCGGGUUUAGUUAGAGCACUGCAGGUUUAUUCGUGGUAACGUGGUUAAUAACAGAUGACACGAUGUAGCUCCGGCGCCGAACGCACCUGUGUGUGGUACACUUUCAAACUUUCGAGAAAAAAAGCAACACGACGUCGUGGGCUCCGCAACGCAACGACGUCGACGAGCUGACAGACCACCCGGGGCGGACCGAGGUAACUUAGCGACACACAUAAAAAUAAUUUUUAUCAUUUCGUAUUGUAGAAACGCAACCUCAACAACCUCUCCCAUUUACACGUCCAUUUCUCAGUAACCUUCGGUACUAACUCUGUGUAAAAGUUCUUUACUGCUAACUAUUUAAACUAAGUUUCACAAGAAGCGCUUACCCGCCCUUCCUGUGGCGUUAGGACCCCGCCUCAGCAUCAUCAUUGUCAUGAACGCCGCCGGCUUCGCCGGUUUCACCUCCUGUCCUGUCCUGUCCUGCCCUGCCCUGGGGCACAAGCCGCCAACAAGCGCUCUCCAGGCGUCUCUGCCCUGUCUCCAAGAGCUGAGAUGUCUUCAAGCUUCCUUCUUGGUGUUUCUGUGGCUUGCCCUUAACCCAACCUAACCCUAACCCUAACGGUUACCCUCCCUCCUCCUUUCUCAGCCGGGCUUGGGACCAUCAUCCAUGGCGGAGUAACGCACGCGCCAGGCAGACGAGAAAAGAGCGGGAACAUGGUGACGACACCAUUGGCACACGUACAUCAAAAAAGGAAAUAAAAAAGUUCAAGUAUUUAGCAAAAAGUAAAUGCGUAAGGUAAAAUGCAGGUAACAUAUCGGGGCGGGGGUUGUUAUGAAAUGAUCAAAGUCAAAAUUAGAACCGCAGAUUACGAACAAAAUGCUAUAGGAAAAACCGAAACGCUCAAUUUAUAAAUCAACAUGGAAGUCGUGCCUUCAGUAAAUCAGUUAGAGAACAACUGAGACAAACAUAAAAUUCAGCUCUCACAAUAAGGCAAACAACGUGUUCUUACUUUAUUAUAUUUAUUGUAAGUCACAUUUUUUCUGCAAACGUUUACCCUUACAUUUACAGGACAAAAUUCAAUGCUAAACCCCAGUUAGUCAGCAAAUCAACUACAGUCUCUUUGCAUGGAAAAAUAUUGACAAUUCGUUGUAUCACCACACUCUUCUUGUGUGGGUUGCACAUUGUCACGCUGUCCACCCGGAGCGGAAGCGCCGGACCCAAGCGCAGAGCACGGGAAAGUUCCAUGAGGGGAAAUCCAAAAGUCAGACGUGGUCACAAGACAGAAAUCCACAUCUGGAACAGGGCUCCUCAACCUUGGCUCUAAGAGCCCCUUGAUGCACACCAAAGCAAAUCUUUCAGACAUCCGGAGCAUCAAAUCUUCCUUCGAUUUCCGGACCCUGGACCCAGAGGGGGUGCUGCUGUAUGGUGACACGCGGGGCGGACUCGACUGGUUUGUGCUGGCACUGCGUGAUGGAUUGCCUGAAAUGCAGAUUGGCAAAGGGGAUGCAGUAGCCAUCGCAACGGGGGGUCCCAGGCUCAACGAUGGCAGGUGGCAUCAUGUGCAGUUGCGCAGCGAGGGGAGAUCAGUUGUCCUGGAGGUGGGCGGAGCCCCCGUGCUGCUAGUGGGACUUCACUCUCAGCAUGCUGUGGAGGACACCGCAGGACAGAUCCGACUUUCUUUAGGGGGUGUGCUGGUUCAAGAGCUGGAGUUUUUCACACCGGUGCAGCCUCAGAUGGAUGGCUGCAUACGAGCUGGAAACUGGCUAAAUCACAAUCUCACCUGGGAGAUAGACCUGAGGGAAGAAGGCCCGCCAUGCUUCACAGAAAUCCACAAAGGCAGCUUCUUCCCUGGGACUGGCCUGGCUUUGUUCAACACUUCUGCCUUCCUGGCACAUCAGGCAAACCGCAAGGUUGUCACCAUAGAGAUGGAAGGGCCCUUUGCAGAAUGGAGUGGCACCGCGCUGACCAUACUAACCUCUCAGCACGACCCAGUGCUGACCAUUACUGCCCAGAACCAGACUGAGGAACUUAAAGUUGUUUUCCGUGAGCAGGUAGUAAGUGUGCCAGGAGUUCAUGCCAAGCUGGCAGUGAACUUGUCAAGGCAUGCAGUGAGCAUUGAGUCAGACAAUGCCAUCAUCGCAGAGUUCCAGGAUGACACACAUGACUGGCUGGACAGGUGGCAUGAAGGGAUGGCGCUGGCCUUCGGGGGGGUCCCAGAAGACAUUGCUGAUGACACCACUGCUGAAAAUGGCUCGAGUUAUCUGCAUGGUUGUGUGGGGCGGAUCAGGAUACAGGAACAGGAGGUGGACCUGGACCGCGCCCUGUACAAGCACAGCUCUGUCUCCACACACAGUUGCCCUGCCUCAAUCAAUUUCCUUGACCCCUGACCUCCAGUCACCUAUUGUAAACUCACCUGUGUGGCUCAUUCCUUCUGCUGCCUCCUCUGUGUCCUCAGACCCAUCCUCCUGAUGCUCCUCCGUGACUAUUUCAUGUGCCUGGCUGGAUAUGUGCUAACUGGAACUAGACAGAUGAAUGUGAUAUACAUACAUAGGCUUAAUGUUGGGUAUUUACUUAUUUUGUUAUUGUCUCAUUUCUGUAACGCUGAACAAUAAAACUUAGUCCUUUGGGAAUGCUUGAAGCACUUUUCUGUUUUUAACUUAACGGCCAUUCAAAAAUACUUAUUAUUGUACUUGAAAAGCCAUUGAAGAAUGAGUCAGUUACACGUGUACUGACCUUUUCGGAGGAUGUAAGAGGUUCAUCACUCUAAUCUUGUCUCGUUGCCAUGGUUUCAUUCUUUGGGCUUUCUCAUUGGUUCAUCGCCACCCUGGCAGCAUGACAUGGGUUCCGUUACUUCUAUUUCCUCUUUUGUCCAUUUCAAACAUGUUUUAGUAGGUCUUUACUACCAGUUGUAAUGCAGGAAUCCUUCCGUU